AUGGCGGCAGCAGAAGGAGGAUCAUCAGCGAGAGACCAACAAAAUACGAAGAAAUCGUCGGCGAAAGAAACCGGCGUGGACGUGUGGCCGUCCGGUGAAGCGCACGAUCACAUGACGUUUUGCGUUUUUGGCGCCUCUGGUGAUCUCGCGAAGAAGAAAAUCUACCCUUCGCUUCUCGCGUUAUUUUACGAAGGGAGACUGCCAAAGUCGUUUUCGGUGUUCGGGUACGCGCGAUCGAAAAUGACCUCGGAGGAGUUUCGCGAGAGAAUACGAAUGAGUUUAGGAUGCAGAAUAGACGCGAAAGAGAACUGCGAUGAAUUUAUGGAGGAGUUUUUGAAGCGGUGCGAGUACGUGCACGGGAACUAUGACGAAGGCGCGGAUUUCGAAAAGUUAGAUCAAGAGAUGUUGAAGACGGAAGAGGGGAAGAAAGCGAUGAGAGUGUUUUAUUUAUCCAUUCCGCCGUCGAUUUUUGUACCGGUGGCGCAAAUGAGUUCCAGAUACGUGCAAUCGAAAACCGGGGAAACGAGAGUGAUCGUGGAGAAGCCGUUUGGGAGAGAUUUGGAAAGUUCGAGAGCUUUGACGAAAGCUUUAGCCGCGGAGUUGAGCGAAAAGCAAACGUACAGAAUCGAUCACUACCUAGGGAAGGAGUUGAUUGAAAACUUGACCGUUUUGAGGUUUUCGAACAUUAUGUUUCAACCGUUGUGGAAUAGAAAUUACAUUCGCAACGUGCAGAUUAAUUUUUCGGAGAAUUUUGGUACCGAAGGCAGGGGCGGCUAUUUCGAUAACUACGGCAUCAUUCGAGAUAUCAUGCAAAACCACUUGUUACAGAUUAUGGCGUUGUUUGCGAUGGAAGAACCGGCAUCGUUGGACGCGGAGGAUAUUCGCGACGAAAAAGUUAAAGUAAUUCGAUCGAUUCGGGAUAUCGAUAUCGACAACGUCGUUCUGGGACAAUACAAAGGGAAAACGAGCGGCUCGAACGUGUUUCCUGCGUAUUUGGACGACGAAACCGUUCCGAAAGGUUCCAAUUGUGCCACGUUCGCGGCGAUCGCAUUAUUCAUCGAUAACGCGAGAUGGGACGGCGUCCCGUUUUUGAUGAAAGCGGGAAAAGCUUUACACAAGAGAGGGUGCGAAAUUCGAAUCCAGUUUCGACACGCGCCGGGGAACAUUUACGCCGAUAAGAAAUCGAAACCAAUCUCGAGAGGCGGCGGAGGCACCGCGGGAGACUCUUCCAACGCGCAGUGCAACGAAUUGGUCAUUCGUAUUCAACCAGAUGAGGCUAUUUACUUGAAAAUUAACAACAAAGUUCCAGGUUUAGGGCACAAAAUGGACCGAUCGAUUUUAGAUUUGACGUACAAAUCGAAAUACUCCGUCGGCGAGUUACCGGACGCUUACGAACGUCUCAUCUUGGAUGUCAUUCACGGCGAUAAGAGAUUGUUCAUCCGUAACGACGAGUUAGAAGCCGCGUGGAAAUUGUUCACACCGUUGCUUGAAACCAUCGAAUCCGAAAAUAUCCCGCCAGAGUUGUACCCGUACGGUUCCAGAGGUCCGAUCGGCGCGCACUAUUUGGCCAGUCGCUGGAACGUUCGAUGGGGCGAUACCAACUAA